AUGUCUUCCUUCAUAACCUUUUCCACUCUUCAUUUCCUUUUUCUACUUCAUAUAGCCUCAAUCUUUGUUGAGCUCCAUGCCAAUGGUAGCUCAAACUCAUUAAUCCUAAGUUUAACUCACUCGAGGUCGAAAAUUCGUCCUACUCGAAAACUCGACUAUUAUGAUUACACGUCCAAGAAAACACCCGAUGGCAUCGUGCCACUCAACGAGAUACGAGACGGGCACGUUAUGUCCCUCUCAGUAGGCUCUCCUUCUCAAACCAUCGACAACUUACUCCUUAGCACGGGUAGCGAUCUCGUCUGGAUGCAUUGUGGGACUUCAUCCAACCAUUUCGAAUGCAUCGAUUGCACUGACCCGUACUAUACUAAAUACAAUACCUCGUUUUUCAAUCCUUCCUUGUCAAAGUCGAUAGCAAGCGAGCCUUGCACGAGUCCUCUUUGUGCUGAUAUUCAUAACUCCGACUAUUACGACACUUGCACCACGGCCGGUUGUGCGUUGAGGGACAUAGUCCACGACAAAUGCUCUAAACCGUGCCCUUCGUUUGUGUACUCUUAUGUCGAUGGGGCCGUGGCCGGGUUUCUUGCUAAUGACACCAUCGUACUCCACGCAAAGAAUCGACCCAAUACGAAUCAAUAUAUUUCUUUCGGUUGUGCUCAAUCCUCAUAUAGAGUGCAGUUGGGUCUCAUAGGGUUCGGAAAAGGCCCGCUCUCACUUCCUUCGCAGCUAGGGUUUACGAAUAACGGGUUCGCUUAUUGCUUUUUAUCUUUCGAUUUAUCGAGCAACCCUAAUGUUUCGGCCCCACUAAUUCUAGGCCACCUAGCGACAUCCUUGAAAGAGCAUUUGAAGUUCACCCCAAUGCUAUGGAAUCCCAUGUCCCAG